AUGUUAAGUAUUUCAGCAAGAAUGAGCCAACCGAAGACACAGAUUUUAAUAACGGGUAUCCCAAAGACAAGAUUCACUAAGAAAUGGCCAGAAUCCUUACAAUCACAAUUAUUUGAAAAGGAUUUUCCUGAUUAUAAAGCUAAAUUAUCAUAUUUUACACCAUUACCAUUUUUGAGUAGAAUAGUGAUUAUUUUAGAUGAUGAAACUUCUGCAAAAAACGUUUAUGACUACUUGUUACCUAUAAUAACAAAGGAAGGGGACGAUAUGAAAAUAUUUUUAACCGAAUCUCUAUUAUUACCUCGUUCACGUUCAUUUGAUGAUACAGAGAAUGUAUCCCAUAUUAGAAGGAAGAGUUCAGUGACAGAAUCGUUGUUAGAUUCUGGAAAACCAAUUCUUUCAUUAGAUACAGAUCCAACAAUCACAGGUGUUAAUGCAACUUCCUUAUCUAUUGGUAGCCCUUCAUUAUCUCCAGACACUGCAAAUGUUGGUUCUCCAACAUUAUUAAAAUUUUCUAACGAUUCUAAACCAUAUUAUUAUAAAGAACCUUUACCGCAGUUUUCAUCUCAAACUAACAUAACAUCUAUUAGUGAUAAUUCUUUAAGUCCGAGUAGCAGCAUGGCACAAACUACAUCGGAUAGCACUGAAGAUAAAAAAUCAUCAUUUUUAAAGAUUGAUACAUCCAGUACUUCUGUAACAAGUCAGAGAAAUGACGGUUUAUCAACACCUAAGAGUCCUUCGAUUACAAUAAAUCAAUUUGUUCAAUAA